AUGGAGCACGGCCAGAUCCUCCGCAGCCUACGGGAGACUGGCGAAUACUCCGACCUGACUGUUGUUUGCGGCUCCAAGACGUUCAAGGUCCACAGGUGUAUCGAAGGCGAAGAGGGAGUCAUCGAACUCAAGGCUGUGGACAGUUAUGGCGAAGAUGAAGACUUCAGCUGUGACGAUCCCGACGCGGUGUCGUCCAUGGUUGACUUUAUCUAUCUGGGCGAUUAUGGACUAAGCCCGAGUGCUGCUGUUGCAGCGACAAGCUCUACUCCGGCAGCCCAGCAAACCAAUAUCUUCGCAGCACCCGAUGACGAGGAAAUCGCGCCGGUCGAAGCUCCUCCAGUGGACUGGAGCUCGGUUGCACCUCCCAAGCGAAACAAGAAGAAGCGACAUGUAGACUCAUUUGGUUGGGGAGUGCCCCAGCAGGGUUUCUGCACUGAGCACGAUCCAGAGAUUGGCUCUCCCACACGCAUACCGCAAUCCAAGGGAAGCCUCACCAUGCACGCCCGACUCUACGCCCUUGCGGUCAAGUACAACCUAUCAGAUCUCAAGAAGGUCGCCAUUGAGAAGAUGAAGCUCGCAGUGCGAGGUACUUGGGACAGGGAGGAUUUUGCCAAGGCCAUUGCAGUUGCUUUCGGUGCGACUCCAGAUGGGGACAGAGGUAUGCGAGACAUUAUUAUCCAGACGAUCUUGUCUUGCUCCGCCAACCUCGUCAGCGAUCCAGUUGUGGAGAAGGCCAUCAAUGCUGUUGAUGGUCUGCCGUUUGAGCUGUUCAAGCUGCAGAGCACGAGUGCGAAGCGGAAGGGAUAUUGA